AACGAAGAUAUACAUGCCUGUCCAGGUCUAGUUUUGUGUAUAUAAACACACACAGAGACAUACAAAGGCACAAACUAAACUAAAGCUUAUAGAUAUUUCAUCCAAAGGAAGUCUACAUUUGUGUUGCUCCUCUUCUGGAAAGUUACACAAUAUGACGAUUGUGGAAAUGAGAGUGCACAUGGACUGUCAGGGAUGCGAAAGCAAAAUUAGGAAGGCUCUCAAGAAGCUUGAUGGAGUUGAUAACAUUGACAUAGACAUGAACAUGCAAAAAGUGACAGUAACAGGAUGGGCAGAGCAGAAAAAAGUCCUCAAAACAGUGAGAAAAACUGGAAGGAAAGCUGAACUUUGGCCAUAUCCAUACAAUUCAGAAUACCAUAACUACAUGCACCAUUAUUACGACACAUUCUACAGCACGCCAGCCACUUACUUCGCACACCAGCCUUCUUCUUCCUACAACUACCGCGAGCACGGCUACAAUGGCCAUGCUCACGGUUACUAUGCAGAGCUACCUUACAAUACGAUCUUUGAUGAACGAACGAGGCACAUGUUUAGUGAUGAUAAUGCCACUGGCUGUUCUAUAAUGUGAUUGAUCUGAUUCAAUUUGCUCUUUAGGCGGUUUGCAAUUCUCUACUUGUUUUCUAUUUUUUGGGUAAAUGUUUCAUUGCAAAUUAGACUUGUUUUGGGUUGGGUAAUCUUUUUCUUUUUAGAUCGUUGAGGUUGAGAAUGGGGGGGAAACUGUGGAACUUACGAUGGAAUUAAGGCCUGCUGAUUAUGUUCCUUUGCUUGUGUUAUCCAUAUUUCAAUGUGUAUAUAUAUAGUUUGUUUA